AUGGACGGGCUUGACCCGAACUCACCGGAGGUAGAUGGUAAGGUUGAAUCCACAUUUGCACCGUAUGGUAAGUCUUUCACUACUCGGCCACAAGGUUUCCUCGAUGGUAACCGGAACAACUACCUGCCCAUCUGGCUCCAAGAAGCAGGCUACAGUACCUACUAUACCGGCAAGCUUUUCAAUGCACACACUGUCGAAAAUUACGAUAAGCCUCAUGCCGCCGGCUGGACCUCUUCUGAUUUCCUUCUCGACCCUUUCAUUCGUGAAGGAACUUACAAUACCGAUGACCUCUCCGAUAAGACCAUCAACUACAUUCGGGAGGCGCAUGCUGCUGGCAAGCCAUUCUUCAUCGGUAGUGCCCCCAUUGCCCCCCCCCCCAUACCGAAGUUGUCCCGCACCCGGGUACAUACAAACUGGACGAUCUCUCCAACGGACCCCGGCAUUCAACCUCUUAUCCUGCCUCCGAAGCCUGCUAAACGCCACGCCGACAUGUUCCGCCAUCUAAAGGUCCCCAGGACACCCAACUUCAACCCAGAAGAGCCGAGUGGUGUCAACUGGGUAGCACAACGCCCUCAGCUGAACCAGACUUAUAUCGACUACGGCGAUGAUUUAUUUCGCUUGCGUUUGGAGUCUCUGCAGGCUGUUGAUGAAACGGUUGACAGAAUUGUCAAAGAGCUCGAGUCUCUCGACAUCAUGGAUAACACCUACAUCAUCUACACGAGUGACAACGGCUAUCACAUCGGCCAGUAUCGCCUUUCACCUGGAAAGCAGUGUAGGUUUGAGGAAGAUAUUAAUGUUCCGCUUCUUAUUCGUGGGCCAGGAGUUCCCAAGGGUGUAGUCAGUGAUGCCAUGACAAGCCACACCGAUCUCGCAACGUCCAUCUCUCGCAUGACGGCAAUCAAGCCACGACCUGAGUUUGAUGGUCUAGCGGUGUCACUCACUGAAGAUGAACUUGAGCGAGCCACUCAGAGCCGUGCUGAACACGUUGGUAUUGAGUUCUGGGGUCUGGCAGUUGAUGAGGGAAUCGAUAGUAAGUGA